AGAAUAAAAAUGAAACAGCGUAACAUUUGACUUUGUACACCAGCACGAUAAGGAUAUUAUAAUAAUCUCCCUCAUCUUUAGAAAAGAGAUGAUAAGAGGCUAAUUAGAUAUUCUUUUUUCCAAUAAUCGACACCAGUCAGUGUAAAAUAUCUCGCGCAUGUUAUUAUCGAACACUGCAUACCCGCCUCUAUUCAGUUCCUCUCUAUCUUUCCCCGCAGUAUUUAAAUUUGUAAAUUCGUGAACGUGGCAAUGGGGUCGCAGGUACACGAAUUCAACGUCGAGAUGACCUGUUCCGGUUGUUCUGGUGCCGUCGAACGGGUUCUUGGCAACAAAGCUGGCAUCGAAAACGUGAAGAUUGAUCUGCCAGGGAAGAAGGUUUUCGUCACGACACCGCUCUCAUCAGACGAGAUAUUGGGCUACCUGAAGAAAACCGGAAAAUCCUGUACUUAUCUCGGUACUAAAAAAUGAACGUUAAACAAAUCGAUCAUUCAGCAGAUAUCCCUGAUAUUUGUUCGUAAUUUUCUUUCUUCUUUAUGCUUUUUUGGUUCUUUUUGAAUAGCCACCUUCAAUUAACUAACAGUUUUGUAACUUUGUAAUCGUAUACAUGUACCUUUUACUAACAAUACAAGAUUUUCUCUCCA